AUUCGAUCUAGAAGAUAUAUUACACCGACCCUGUUUCUCUAUCAAAUUCACACACACCAACAACGCAAACCUCGAAAUAGGGCGAUUCAAUAUCUCGGCGAUUCUCUCUCGUUCGCCAGAGUCGCUGAGAUCCUCCUGCUCUUCUUCUCCAUCAGUAAAGAGUCUGCAAAAUGGUUGCUCAGGGAUUCACUGUGGAUCUUAAAAAGCCCCUUGUAUUUCAGGUUGGUCAUCUUGGAGAAGAUUAUGAGGAAUGGGUUCACCAACCUAUCGCAACCAAGGAAGGCCCUCGGUUUUUUCAGAGUGACUUUUGGGAGUUCUUGACGCUUACAGUUUGGUGGGCAGUUCCUGUCAUUUGGUUGCCAGUUGUAGUCUGGUGCAUAUCAAUGUCAAUAAGUAUGGGCUGUUCGCUUCCAGAAAUCGUCCCAAUUGUUUUCAUGGGAAUAUUUAUCUGGACAUUUUUUGAAUACGUUCUUCACCGGUUCGUUUUCCACAUAAAAACGAAGAGUUACUGGGGAAAUACUGCACACUAUCUUAUUCACGGAUGCCAUCAUAAGCACCCCAUGGACCACCUUCGACUCGUCUUUCCUCCUACUGCAACAGCGAUUUUAUGCUUUCCGUUUUGGAACAUCGCGAAGGCAAUCUCAACUCCUUCAACUGCACCUGCAUUGUUUGGUGGAGGCAUGCUCGGGUACGUGAUGUACGAUGUCACUCAUUAUUACCUUCACCAUGCCCAACCUACUAGACCAGUGACCAAAAAUCUCAAGAAGUACCAUUUGAAUCAUCACUUCAGGAUUCAGGACAAAGGAUUUGGUUCUUCGACUGUGUCUCAUGGCGUUGAAUUUUCCAUUUAUGUGAGAUUUUGUUCCCCAAUCGGAGGAAUUUUCCCGGCAAUGGCGGCGGCCAAUGCUCCACCUGAGCUGGCUUCAGGGAACCCUUGCUGCGUCGCGUGGCAAGGGAAGUACAUAGGAAUGAAGAAGAGGCGAGAUGCUUUUAGAGAAGCCGUAACUCUUCUCCAGAAGGCCAUAGCAGAUGCUAGUGCUGAGAAAUCCAAUCUCGAGAAAAAACUUGGGGAGAUGGGGGCUGACAGAGGCACUAAGGCAAAUGAUUCAACGGUAACAGCAUCUUUGGAGAAAGAAAUAUCUGGUUUGAAGUCUGAGAUAUUGUCAUUGCAACAACAAUUGGAGCGGAACCUUAAAGAAAAAAGUGAAGAAACAAAGCUUCUUCAGGAUCAAGCUUCUCGUCGAGAAAAGGAGAUCAGUGAACUAAAGGAUCUCCUUAAGAAAGAAACAUUAAGGGCAGAUAAUUCUGAAGAAGAGAGGGAGCAUGCUUUUAAGGAAUUGAACAAGGCAAAGGCUCUGAUAGUAAAAGAUGAGGAGAUCAAACCACAUGUUCCUGAAGUGAGAAAGGAAAUCAGUCUGGUUAAAAAUCUUCUUGCAAGUGAGAGGCAGAAGACAGAGUCAGAGAGGAAGAAAGCAGAAUCAGAGAAAAAGAAAGCUGAUCAGUAUCUUUCCGAGUUGGAGGUCUUAAGAACUUCGGCUCAUAAGACUAGUUCUGAUUUGCUUACUUUGACCUCCAAUCUUGAGAAUAUAAAAAAGCAGCUUGAGCUUGAAAAACAAAAGACACUGAAAGAGAAAAAACGUGCAGAUAUGGAGAGUGCAAAAGCUAGGGACCAGAUGAAGCUGGCAGAAGGAUUGUCUAAGAAGUUUGAAAUCGUUAAAGCAAGAAAUGAAGAUCUCAUGAAAGAAAUGGAAUCGCAGAGUGCUAGUAGCAAAGUAAAAUUUGCUGAAAACUCGAAAAAACUGGAAGAGAAGAUAAGGCUCCUUGAGAUGAAUAAGAAAACAGCCAUGGACUGGAAAUCUCGUACUGAUGAUCUGACUCAGCAGUUACAAGAAGCGCAAUUAGUGACUGAAGGUUUGAAGACACAAGUGCAUGAGCUUUCACUUUCCCAAAAAUCCAUCAAGACUCACUCUAUUUCUCCUCAGAGAGUCAGAGACCUGAAAAAGGCUGAAAUGAGGCUGUUGAAAAAAAAGCUGAAGUUUGAGAGAAAUUGUGCAAAACACUCUGAAACAGUGGCUAAAUUUGAAAAAUUUCGAAGGGAAUUUCAGGGUGAAGAGCUAGGUCGGCUGAAACUGGAGUUUGGUAGUCUUACAAAUCGCAUGAAUCUACUCAAUGAGUAUUUUUCAAGAGGCGUUGAAGGUACAGCUGGCCUUGAAAAGGCUACAGGAUGCAGGAAACUGCAGACGCUACCAUCACAGAAGAACCGUAAUGGUGAAAAGCAUUCUGACGCAAGAUGCAAUUUGGUAGCCAGCUCUGGUUCUCGGGAGCAGGCAUGCAAGUUGUCUGCCCACUUAAUUUCUAAAUCUGGACGGGGCGUGAGUGAGUCUGGCUCAGGUACUAUUUCUCAAUUGGAGUCUCCUACUGGAGGCUCUAGAAAAUUACAGAGUUCUGGAGUUAUUUCCAGCGAAACAUCUUUUUCUGAUGGGCAGUUACUGGCCUCACAGGGAAGAGAGCAGUUCUCUGUUACGACUUCAGCAGAAAUAGCAAAAGAUAAACCGAAUAUCCAACCAACAAAAUCAAGUAUGUUCCAGAAAAUCUCUGAUACCAGUAAAAAUGGAAAUCUCUGUUUGGUGGCUGAAAACUAUCUUCAAAGGCGUCAGAGAGAUAGUCAUGAGGUAGUUGAUGAGAACUCUCGGAAAAGAAAAAGAAUGUUAGAGGCAGUUGUGCCCCGUAAGCAUUUGUCAUCUGAUGAUAACAAGAAAAAUUUGCAGAUUGGAGAGAAGAUGGGUACCUUGCAGUCGAUGGUUUUAGGAACUGGGUCUAGGCCUUUAGAAAAGGAAGAAACCUUGGUCCCUGAUAGGCAAGCUGGCUCCUUCGCAGUUUCCAAGAAAAGAAGGGUUUCUUGUAAGAAGAAGACAAUUAUACAGAAUUCUCUUGAGUUCAACCAGUCAGGCAAGACUCCAGGUAAUAUAGCUGGGAAAACUACGUGCCUCUCUACUGCUAAAGGACAUGACGCGACAACAUUAUUUCCGGAGAACGUUGCUACUACAGAUUAUAUGAAGUUGCUAGAGUUAGAUAACUUGGAAGAAGAAAAUUAUUACCAGAUGGCUAGAGAGUCGCUUCUGUCCCCUGAUCUUCCUCAGGUAGAUUUUUUGGGUGUUGAGAUCGUGAAUGAGGACAAAAAUCCUGCUAGGGCUCUUGACUUGGCUGCCAGUAAUAGCAUGUGUUUACGUGAGACCAUACUUUCUAGUGAAUCUCCUAGUCUCAACACUAUGAAUGAUUUAGUGACAGUUAAAAUGCCACCCAUGUUGACACCGCUGCAUGGGCAUAUUCUUAAACACUUUGUUGUGUUUUCAAAUAUUGAAGACCAGAAAAGUAUCAUCAAAAUUUUCCAUGCAACAAACAAUUGUGUACAGCGAUGCCCGUCAGUUACUAGAGAACAGUGGGCAGUGCCAGCGAUUCUGUCUUCUUUGAAAAUGGAAGAAAACCUUUUGGCCCGGGAAAGGGUCUGUGUGUUCCUCUCCUUGCUGCUGCAUAACUUCUCCAUGGUUCCCUCAACGAAAAUUAGCAAUACUCUGAAUGUUGAUUCUUUCUCCUGCUUGGAUUCUUUCUCAAAGCAUAUAUAUGGAGUUAUGGCUGAUACUGAAGCUGGAGUUAUGCUUUCUGAAUUUUCGGAAGAACUCCUUAGUCUUCUUCAGGACCUACUUUCUGCGCAGAGGGUGUUAUUUUCUGUUAAACCCUCAGAAACAUCUGAAUCUGAUUUAAGCAUCCCUGUCACCCUGAAUGGAGAAAAUGUAACUCUCGUCAACAAAAUCGCUCUAAUUGAUCAUUUGGUGGCCGGAAGCACUAUUUUGGCAGCAAUAUGUACUGCACUUGAUCGUGUUGGAUAUAUCUGCGAAGCUUCCUUUGAAAUCCUGCACAAGUACAGUCAUGAGAAGACCUCAGAGCUACUGACCAUUCUUCACGUUUUUGCUUACAUUGCUGGAGAGAAAAUGGUGUUGUCUAGUGAGCAUGACAUAUCAAUUGCAGUGUUGAAAUCCAUUGUCAUGUUUCUAGAAAACAAACAUUUUGGUACUGUGGAGGACAAUUCUCAGUUGCACCCAGGCAAGAACAAGUGUCCAUUCUCAGACAGGUCUUCCUCGCUGGAGGCUAUGGCAUCGAAGCUCAUGGAAAUUCUUCAGGAGUUUACUCAGUCUAAUACUUUGCAUCAAACCUUGACUGGUUCAUUGGGUUCUAGUCACCUAGAGAAGACCGAGUUUAGGCCGGCACACAAAGAUUUCCAGUGUGUAUUGACCAGGGAUCAAAGUGUUAAUCUCUGUGACAUUCUGUCAUUGGUGGAGCUUAUUGCUUGUUAUACGGCAUGGGAUUGGACUAGUGCGAACAUUGUUGCUCCACUGCUUAAGAUACUGGGAAUGCCAUUGCCAAUGAACCUCUCUGUUGCAAUCGUCUCCCUUCUUGGGCAACUUAGCAGUAUUGGAGUGGAUGCUGGUGGCUAUGAAAACAAAGGAAUCUCAAACUUGAGAGCGAAACUGUCAGCAUUUCUGCAGUGUGAGACGACACUAAAGGCCGGUUUUGCAGUGCAGAUAGCAACUGUGAGCUCCCUCCUGAAGACGCUGCAGCUGAAGUUCCCAAUAGAUUUUCAAGACAAAACCACCAUGAUUCCGGGUAGUGGCAACCAAAGCUUAUCUGGUUCAGUCAAUGUGGUGACCAAGUGGUUGUCGUUGUUGAGCAAUGAACAACGAGUUUUCGCUUUUGAGUUCUUACAAACCUCUGUUGUUAGAUGAUUCCUCAGUUCAAAAAGUCAUCAAAAGCGGUAAUUUUUUUGGAGAUAGUCUCUUACUGUUUGAUUCUUCAUUGACUGAUUCCUUUGGUUCUAGGAUGCAGAUAUGAAUGAAGAUUGCAUUGAGUU